UGCGUAGUGUUCCAUGUUUAUUUAUUUAUUUACUGAGCAUACUGCUUGGAGUAAAUUUAGUUUACCGUGGUUCUUUGCAAUGGUAGUACGUUUUUUGACAAUUUGUAUUUUGACUUUUUUUUUAACAAUGUCUAAUUUGCAAAUAAGUGCUGCAGCAUAUAUAUAUAUUCAUUACGCAUUAAAAAAAAAAAGGAAACAAAGAAGAUGGUGGCAGACGCAACUUUUUAAAAGCAGAGAUGAACAUAGUGGAAACGUGUUAUUGGCUGAUUUAAAAUUUCAAGCUAUAAGUGGACAAUACAAGAAUUUUACUCGAAUGUCACCAACUGAUUUUGAAUACUUGAUUAAUUUAAUUGGACCGAAAAUCGCCAAACAGGAUACAUUCAUGCGAAAAUCAAUUACCGUUCAAGAGAGACUGUCUAUAACUUUACGCUUUUUGGCAACAGGCGAUCACUAUAGUAGUUUACAAUACCUUUUUAGAGUAUCCAAACAAGCAAUCAGUCAAAUAAUUCCAGAAGUCUGUAGAGCUCUAAUUGAAGCACUGAAAUACAAUAUACAGGUAAUAUUAAUUAAUUUGUAUUUAUUUGCAUCUUAUUUUAUAAUAUUGAUGUUUUAUAACGUCAAAGUAAACUAAAAAUGUAAACAUUAUAU